AUGAACGGAGCGGAAUCAAAGGACACGACAAUAAAUUCUCGUCUGGAAGGAAAAGUCGAAUGUUGGCGAAAAAAUCAAUUGGUGCUAAAGCAGAAAAUUGUAUACGAAUCAAAACUCCAAAAUGUUGACUCUAUAAGAUACGUAGUCGGAUUAGAUAUAUCUUUUGACAAGGCAAGCCCCAAGGCCGUUUCGGCCCUUGUUCUUUAUGAUGUUCACGAUGCACAGAUCAUAUAUAAAGAUUAUUUAGAAAUUGAUAGCCUCAAAGAAGAUUAUGUCCCUGGAUUCCUAUCGUUUCGUGAGAUUGAAUGGUAUUUACCUCUACUAGAAAGGAUUCCCUCUAAGUAUUCCUUUGACCUUAUUAUGGUUGACGGGAAUGGUAUCUUGCAUCCAAUACAAUUCGGCUUGGCAUGCCAUCUAGGUGUUUUAGUUAAUUCACCUACUAUGGGCGUAGCGAAAAAUUACUUUCAUUGCUUUGGACUGAAUGAAUCUUUAGACGACCAUAGACAACAUCUUUCAAAUUACAUUUUGACAAAUCCCAGCAGACCCCCUUUGCUCUUACAUUCUUUAAGGGAACCAUCUAAUGUCUUGGGUGCUGCCGUAUGGACAAGAAGGGAAUCCAAACGGCCUAUAUAUGUAAGCAUAGGAAAUCAACUAACUUUAGAUAUCGCAAUCCAGCUGGCUUUCCGAACCAGUGGUGUUGAAAGCAAAAUCCCAGAGCCCAUCCGACAAGCUGAUAUAUUUGCAAAAUUUGUGAUUCAUGAGCAAAUGCACAGCAAAAAGAGAUGA